UUACUCCUUUCUGUCUUUUUCUAUUGUAUUUUCAUACAUUUUCCCCUUUUCUACCAAAAUGCUGCAGCAGCUUCCCCCCAAAAAGGGGGUUCUGAGAGGCAGAAGGAGGCUAAAAGGAAGAGGAAGCGGAUGCAUGGCCCUUUUGCCCACUUUAGCUCGCCACUGUACCCUGAAGUCUCAUCCUUACCCCCUUUAGACUUACUUACUCCCUACAUCCCCCUUACACCUAAGCCUACCAGCCACACUCUCCUUCCUCUGAGCGCCACGUUUUAUGCAGUUUCUUUCUACUUUUGAUUUUUUUUUUUUAAUUACUGGGGUGGGGGAAUCCUGGCUUAGUGAUGAGGACUCACUCCAUGGAGGGUCAAACCAGGAUUUCCUGCAGGAUUUCUGGGGAUUCCCCCCCCUGAGCUGGGAAGGGGCUCUUCCCAUGGAGAAAUCAGGGUGUAAUUUUAGAAGGGGGAAGAUAUAAACGAUGAAAUCGGAUCGAAAAUAGAGGGAUUUCUCCAGCCCUGGCUCUAGCCACAGCACAGUAAAGUUAGCUGGAGCUUAGAGAUUUCCUAGCAGUGUAGCCCCUCUUUCCUGGGCCCCAAGGCCCUGCUAAUGCAUAUUCACCCUUCUCUCACCUCCAAAUCAGUUCCCUAACAUAUAUAUUUUUAAAAGAAAUCCAAGUCUUACUUUCAAAGCACACACUUAGUCUCAACUAGGGAAUCAACAGAAGCAGAAGCGAUUUUUUUCCCCCUUCUUGACAUCUGGCUUGCGAUUGGCUAGAAGGGGGUCAGCUGACUUUGUCAUUUUGUCUGUCCUGGAUUGGAGCCGUCCCUAUAACCAUCUAGUUCCGAGUACAAACUGGAGACAGAAAUAAAUAUUAAAGAAAUCAUAGCCCGACCAGGUAAAGGCAAAGGGAUGAAUUCCUACUUCACUAACCCUUCCUUAUCCUGCCACCUCGCCGGGGGCCAGGACGUCCUCCCCAACGUCGCCCUCAAUUCCACCGCCUAUGAUCCAGUGAGGCAUUUCUCGACCUAUGGAGCAGCCGUUGCCCAGAACCGGAUCUACUCGACUCCCUUUUAUUCGCCACAGGAGAAUGUCGUGUUCAGUUCCAGCCGGGGGCCGUAUGACUAUGGAUCUAAUUCCUUUUACCAGGAGAAAGACAUGCUCUCAAACUGCAGACAAAACACCUUAGGACAUAACACACAGACCUCAAUCGCUCAGGAUUUUAGUUCUGAGCAGGGCAGGACUGCGCCCCAGGACCAGAAAGCCAGUAUCCAGAUUUACCCCUGGAUGCAGCGAAUGAAUUCGCACAGUGGGGUCGGCUAUGGAGCGGACCGGAGGCGCGGUCGCCAGAUCUACUCGCGGUACCAGACCCUGGAACUGGAGAAGGAAUUUCACUUCAAUCGCUACCUAACGCGGCGCCGGCGCAUCGAGAUCGCCAACGCGCUCUGCCUGACCGAGCGACAGAUCAAAAUCUGGUUCCAGAACCGCCGGAUGAAGUGGAAAAAAGAAUCUAAUCUCACGUCCACGCUCUCAGGGGGCGGCGGAGGGGCCGCGGCCGACAGCCUGGGCGGAAAAGAGGAAAAGCGGGAAGAGACAGAGGAGGAGAAGCAGAAAGAGUGACCAGAACUGUCCCUGCCACCCCUCUCUCUCCUUCUCCCUUGCUCCCCCCCAAUUCCCUCCUAAUCACACCCUCUAUAUUUAUCACUGGCACAAUUGAUGCGUUUUGACUCCCUAAAACAAAAUUAGGGAGUCAAAUAUGGACCUGAAAGUCAACUCUGGACCCCUCCCUCACCGCACAAACUCUCUUCCACCACGCGCCUCCUCCUCCUGCUCCCUCGCUAGCUCCUUUCUCGGCUCCUCUGCAGGCCCCUUCCCCCGCCCAGGCCUUGGGGGCUCCGUCCCUGAACCUCGCUUCAGCUCCACAGAUCUCCUUCCAAAUGAGGACUUGGCCUCCCACCCCCUCGGCGCCCCCACCCCCGCCCCUGCGCGGAGAGCUGGCUCCCGGGCCGGGGCCUCCGCUCCGGGGCCUCAGGGCCCGGCCUGGCAGCCGGGGAGGGCGGGAGGCCCAAGGAGAGCGCGUCGUGGCCCCACAGCAACCCCCAGGGCCUCCCCGCAGCCCCUGCCCGGCCCCUCUGCCCCAGCAAAUGCCCAGCCCAGGCAAAUUGUAUUUAAAGAAUCCUGGGGGUCAUUAUGGCAUAUUACAAACUGUGACCGUUUCUGUGUGAAUAUUUUUAGCUGUAUUUGUGGUCUCUGUAUUUAUAUUUAUGUUUAGCACCGUCCGUGUUUCAAUCCCAUCUUAAAAGGGGAAAAAAAAGAGGGAAAAUUACAAAAAGAGAGAAAAAAAAAGUGAAUGACGUUUGUUUAGCCAGUAGGAGAAAACAAAAUAAAUUAAAAAAAAUCCCCCUCGUGUUACCCUCCUGUAUAAAUCCGACCUCUGGAUCCGUUCUCGAAUAUUUAAUAAAACUGAUAUUAUUUUUAAAAGUUUA